AGGAAACAACUCCUUAAUUUACAAAUUGAUGUAGCAAAAAUGUCUAAAGACCCUAAAGGUCACAAAUCUGCUAAAGUGUAUUCGGCAACGGGUGAACUUGCUUUUGAACUACAAAAGAUGGAGGAAAGAAUCCUCAAUAAACUUGAAACCAGACCCUCAGGCUCAGGUGGUGGACGCGGCGUUUCAAAGUCAAUCCGGGGAAGAAACUGUUUCAACUGUGACCAGCCUGGUCACUGGAGCCGAGACUGUCCGAGUAUUUCCGAACAGGAAUGGUUCCGUCGUGCCGGCAGACGAACACGAGGUCGUGGCAGAGGGCACCCACAGCAGAGCUCCUCCCAACAGCAGCCACAACAACAGCAACAAUACCACGCCCCCAGGUCCGCCUUAGCGCCUGGCGCCUCCGCCUACUUCCUGGGUGACGACGUGGACCAAGGGGGGGUCUUCUGAAGCUGCCCACAGCAGGAGCCACAGCAGGAAAUACAGACAGGCCCCCUGCUGGACAUAGUUGUCAAUGGACAAUGUUAUCAGUUCAUGAUUGACACUGGCGCUACACAUUCACUUUUGAAUGCAGUAGUUCCAAAGAAACUGUGUGCUUCCUUUUUAAAGGUUGAAGGCUUUGCUGGGGUCACAAGGAUGUUACCUGUCACCAAACCACUUCCGGUUCAGAUUGCUGGACACUCGCUAAAGCAUCCCUUCGUGGUUGAUCAUCACACACCUUGCCUGCUCGGUAAUGAUCUGCUUUACAAACUGUACCCUGACAUCCAAUAUCGCACAGAAGGAACCUUCCUGGUGUUACCUGACGGCACUAUCACCAAGCUGCGACACCACUAUAAAGGCUCCUCCAUGUUUGUGCUCAUGCCUCAACCUGAGGUACCACAAAUGGCGGACAUCUACUGGACACGCCUCCUCCCGGAAACAAGUGAAGGACAAGGGCUGCUCCUGCUCUUCUAUCAGUGGAAGCCCUGGCUGACCGAGCUGCGUCCGUAUGUACCACCACCUGAUCCGCCACAUGUCACCUUAUAUUAUGAUCGCCAAUCUGAUGAAAGUUACCAAGAAGGUUUUGACACCAUAGCAGGGAAAGAGUGGCCUUUGGCCUACACUCACAUCUAUGCUGGAGCUCAGGGUGUGUCCGCCCAUGUCGAUUUCACUCCUCAACAGAAAAAAUGGUAUAAAAUGGACGCUACGGCAGUCCCACAUUGUUCUCUUGCUCUUUGUCCCGCCUACCAAGCCAAGGACUUGGGUCCAAUGACAAAACAGGGAGUAUCUGCCACUGAUUGGGUAGACACCCAAAUACCACACUUACAACAUUCUGACUCAGUUGAUAUGUUUCGUAUCUCCUGCUCUCAGACUGCUGACCUCGGGGUUCUACAACAUCUUCAGGUCGCUCGAGAGCAUGGGCAAGAACGAACAGACCAUCCUGAAGCUGCUGACAUGUUAAACACCCUCCCACUGACCGUUUGGUCUCAAGGUCCCACAGAUGUUGGUCUUGCUGUCAAUGCGUCCCCUGUCUCUGUCAAAAUUGACACCAGUAGUGUGGUACAUGUCAGACAAUACCCACAAAAACAACAAGCCAUAGAUGGCAUUACAGAUACCAUCUCAGGCCUUAAACAAUCUGGAGUAUUGGAACCCUCCAACUCUAAAUGGAACACACCUAUUUUGCCUGUUCCAAAAACUGGCACCUCUGUGUACCGGAUGGUACACGAUCUUAGGGCCGUUAAUGACGUCACAGUGACCCCUCCCAUACCUGUUCCUAACCCUUACACAGCACUCACCCAUCUGACCACUGCACACUGUUAUUUCUCUGUCAUUGACCUAGCGAAUGCUUUCUUUUGCAUCCCUAUCGCUGAAUGCAUCAAACAUGUCUUUGCUUUCACCUUUCAAGGUCAAAAGCUGCAGUACUCCCGCCUCCCACAAGGUUGGAAACUGUCGCCUGGCCUUUUCAACCAGCAAUUACGAGACGAUCUGGCCUCAGUGGAGCUUUUUGACGACACAUUUGUUGUCCAGUAUGUAGAUGACAUACUCAUCGCUGCUUCUUCUCCUACCUCAUGCCUGGCGGCCACCCUAGCUGUUCUUCAGCGUCUGGCCUCAACAGGAUACAAGAUUCGUGGACAACAAUCCACUCCUCCAGGGACCCUCCCUCCCGUAGAGUGGGUCAAGCUCAAAGUCAUCAAACGCAAGUGGACGGAGCCCAGGUGGACUGGUCCCUUCAAGGUCGUGGAACGGACGUCUCACGCCCUUCGACUAGCUGGUAAAGGGGACACCUGGUACCACCUCUCCCUCUGCACUCCUGCUGAAGAACCUGAUAGAUCACCAGCGGAUGUCAUUGCUGACAUAGCCACAUCAUCUGCCCCACUCGACCCCCUAGCAGCGCCUUUUGAGCCUGAGGCAGCUGAAGAAGAACGGGAGCAGAAAACGACUCAUUUUUAG